UUCGUGCCAUGCUCCAGAAGGUCCUCGACUUGCAGCAUCGGCAGCAGGUGGAGAAGAGGAAGCUGGGAAAUUCUGUGAGGAUGGAGAAGUGGGAGAAAAUCAAGAUGGAAGGCUCCAGGUGGUUAGUGGAAGCUGCCAGCCCUGCCUGUGUCCCACGGCCACCGCUGCGUGCCAGAAACCUCCCUGAGCUGCAGCUUGCAGUGCUUGGAGGAGCUGCUGCUCAGUCCCACCUGGCCUCCCGUCGACUGAGCACAACUCCCGUGAAUGGCCAGCAGCCGCUCUGCCUCCCGCCCCUUGGCAACUGUGCAGCGGCAGGGGCUGCACCCAGGACCCGCGGCUCUAAAGAGGAACGCUGUGCACGUGGGCACGAGGAGGGGCAGAGGAUGGGCCCGAGGCUUGUGAAGGCGAAGGAGAACGUGAGCGGCAGACCUGCGUGUCACAUCCCUCUGCUCGGCCGUUACGGGAUGCCAGUGCCACCUCCUCACCCGCCACCGGAGCCCAAAAGCGAAGCUGCCAGGAGCAACGGGAUGCCCAGCUGGAGACGCCUUCGUCCCAUGGCAGCCCCGAACGGGCAGCUGCCAGCAGGGGAGCCUGGAGGGCUGCACAAGCCCUCUGUGCACAGCAACGUGCUCGUGACCAUGGUCUUCCUGGGCAAGCCUCUGCACUUGGCUCACGGUGACAGCAGCUUCAGGGACAAGAUCCAAGUCUACCAGCAGCACUGUGGAGGAGAAAACCUUUGUGUGUACAAAGGCCUGCUGCUGGAAGGAGAGAGCUUUCAGCUGACCUCCAGGAGGCACCGUGGCUUCCCCUUCAGCCUCACCUUCUAUCUCAACGGGCUGCAAGUGGACAGGCUGAGCUGCUGCUGCGAGUUCCAGCUGCAGAGGCGUUCCCGGCUGGGGGGCAGGCGGGGAUCCUUUGGCUUUGUCCACGUGGAGGGAGCAUCUCCUUGCCACAGGUGCACGGUGGCAAAGCACGUGGGCAAAAAGCCAUCCCCUGCCAGGAAGAGAGAGGAGAAGCCCGAGGCAGAGCCUGUGGCUUCCUGGGGAGAUGGAGUGCAGAGGGAGCCAAGUCAAGAGGCUGAAGCAAGGGGAGCGGAGCCUGCUGCGGGAGUGGCCCCUGGGGGGCAGAUGGAGGGGACAGAGAGCGAGGCAGCAUGGGGAGAGCAGGCACCUGGGGCAGAGGAAGUGGCAGGGGCACAGCUGGGCAGGGAGGUGGCUGCAGCCAUGCCUGAGGGGAAAGAGCUGCACGGGGAGGUGGCUGAGGCAGGAGAGGCUGCGCAGGAGACUCUGGGAGUGAGAGGGCCUGCAGGGAAGAAGAUGGUGGGUGAGAUGGUGUCUGAGGCAGAGGGCCCAGUGGAGGAGAAGGACCCUGUGGAGAAGGCAGAGAGCCUGGUGGAGGAGGCAGAAGACACUGUGGAGGAGGCAGAGAGCCUGGUGGAGGAGGAGGCAGAGAGCCUGGUGGAGGAGGCAGAAGACACUGUGGAGGAGGCAGAGAGCCUGGUGGAGGAGGAGGCAGAGAGCCUGGUGGAGGAGGAGGCAGAAGACCUGGUGGUGGAGGCAGAGGACACUGUGGAGGAGGCAGAGAGCCUGGUGGAGGAGGCAGAGGACACUGUGGAGGAGGCAGAGAGCCUGGUGGAGGAGGAGGCAGAAGACCUGGUGGUGGAGGAGGCAGAGGACAAUGUGGUGGAGGAGGCAGAAGACCUGGUGGUGGAGGAGGCAGAGGACAAUGUGGAAGAAGCAGAGAGCUCUGGAGACGAGGCAGAGAGCCUGCUGGAGGAAGCAGAGAGCCUCAUGGAAGAGGCAGAGGACACUGUGGAGGAGGCAGAGAGCCUGGUGGAGGAGGAGGCAGAAGACCUGGUGGUGGAGGAGGCAGAGGACACUGUGGAGGAGGCAGAGAGCCUGGUGGAGGAGGAGGCAGAAGACCUGGUGGUGGAGGAGGCAGAGGACAAUGUGGAAGAAGCAGAGAGCUCUGGAGAUGAGGCAGAGAGCCUGCUGGAGGAAGCAGAGAGCCUCAUGGAAGAGGCGGAGAACACUGUGGAGGAGGCAGAGGACAAUGUGGAGGAAGUAGAGAGCCUGGUGGAGGAAGCAGAGAGCCUCAUGGAAGAGUCAGAGGACGCUGGAAAGGAAGCAAUGGGCCCUGAUGAGGAGACAGAGGGCCCUGAGAGGGAGGAGGUAGAGAGGCUCAUGGAUGAGACAGAGCUUGGUGGAGGAGGCAGGGAGCCUGAUGGAGGAGGUAGAGGACCCUUUGAAGAAUGCAGAGGACUCGGAGCAAGAGGCAGAGGACUCGGAGCAAGAGGCAGAGGGCUCUGGGGAGGAGGCAGAGGGCCCUGGGGAGGAGGCAGAGGGCCCAGAGGAGGAGGCAGAGGGCCCUCAGGUGGAGGCAGAGGGCCCAGAGGAAGAGGCUGCAGGCAGUGUGAAGAAGACAGAGGGCCCUGUGAGGAGCCAGAGGGACUUGGGGAGAAGGCAGAGGGACUUGGGGAGAAGGCAGAGGGUCCUGUGGAGGAGGCAGAGGAGCAUGGGCAGGAGGCAGAGGGGCCUGGGGAGGAGGAGGCAGAAGACCUUGUGGUGGAGGAGGCAGAGGAGCAUGGGGAGGAGGCAGAGGAGCAUGGGGAGGAUGCAGAGGAUCCGGGGGAAGAGGCAGAGGGCCCUAGAAGGGAGGCAGAGGGACCUGAGGAGGAGGAGGCAGAGGGUACUACUGUGGAGGAGUCAAAGGACCCUUUGAAGGAGGCAGAGUGCAGUGUGGAGAAGGUAGAGAGCCCUGCGGAGGAGACAAAGGGCCCCGUCAGGGAGCCAGAGGGCCAUGGGAAGGAGGCAAAGAGCAGUGUGGAGGAGACAGAGGGCCCAGUGGAGGAGGCAGAGUGCUGUGGGGAGGAGGCAGAGGGGGAGCAUGGGCAGGAGGCAGAGGGCCCUGGGGAGAAGGCAGAGGAACAUGGGGAGGAGGCAGAGGAGCAUGGGCAGGAGGCAGAGGAGCAUGGGGAGGAGGCAGAGGAGCAUGGGCAGGAGGCAGAGGGCCCUGGGGAGGAGGCAGAGGAACAUGGGGAGGAGGCAGAGGAACAUGGGCAGGAGGCAGAGGAGCAUGGGGAGGAGGCAGAGGAACAUGGGGAGGAGGCAGAGGAGCAUGGGGAGGAGGCAGAGGAGCAUGGGGAGAAGGGAGACGACCUGGUGCAGAAGGCAGAAGAGCCUGGGGACGAGGCAGAGGGCCCUGGGGAGGAGACAGAAGGCCCUGUUAGGGAGCCAGAGGAGCAUGGGGAUGAGGCAGAGGGCCCUGGGGAGGAGGCAGAGGGCCCUGGGGAGGAGGCAGAGGGCUUUGAGGAGAAGGCAGAGUGCAAUGGGGAGGAGGCAGAGGAGCCAGGGGAGGAGGCAGAGGGCACCGUGGAUGAGACAAAGAGCUUGGUGGAGGAGGCAGGGAGCCCAGUGGAGGAGGUAGAGGACCCUUUGAAGGAGGCUGAGUGCAAUGUGGAGGAGGCAGAGGAGCUGGGGGAAGAGGCAGAGGGUCUGGUAGAGGAGGCAGAGGAGGUGGUAGAAGAGGCAGAGUGCAGUGUAGAGGAGGCAGAGAGCCCAGAGGAGGAGGCAGAGGGGCCUGGGGGGAACGUAGAGAGCUCGGUGGUGGAGGAAGAGGACCCUUUGAAGGAGGCAGAGUGCAGUGUGCAGGAGGCAGAGGGCCCUGGGGAGGAUGCAGAGGAUCCGGGGGAAGAGGCAGAGGGCCCUAGAAGGGAGGCAGAGGGACCUGAGGAGGAGGAGGCAGAGGGUACUGUGGAGGAGUCAAAGGACCCUUUGAAGGAGGCAGAGUGCAGUGUGGAGAAGGUAGAGAGCCCUGUGGAGGAGACAAAGGGCCCCAUCAGGGAGCCAGAGGGCCAUGGGGAGGAGGCAAAGAGCAGUGUGGAGGAGACAGAGGGCCCAGUGGAGGAGGCAGAGUGCUGUGGGGAGGAGGCAGAGGGAGGUGGGGAUGAGGCUGAGGAUGCUGGGGACGAGGAGGAGGCAGAGGAGCAUGGGGAGGAGGCAGAGGAGCAUGGGCAGAAGGCAGAGGAGCAUCUCAGACACUUCGACCCUGCGGCCCCUCCUGCUGGGGCCACGCCAGACCCCGGGCUGCGAGCGCAGGAAGCCAGGCCCGGGCCAGAAAGCCGUGGGGCAGCCCCGGGCAGCCCCAGCUCUGUGCGGUCACUGCGGCUAGCGCCGUACCCUAGCGCCGUGUCCCAGCGCCGUGUCCCAGCGCCGUGUCCCAGCGCCGUGUCCCAGCGCCGUAUCCCAGCGCCGUAUCCCAGCGCCGUACCCUAG